UUUACACGCUUAUAAAGACCAACCAACCACUACUCGCGACCAACGCGUGCGGUGUCUCUCAUUGCGCGCGUGGCGGGGCGGGAACCGAGAGAGCGGGAGAGGAGAGACAAGGGACAAACCAACAGUCAAUAUAUUUAUAUCAGAAACGAGGAGGUGAACCGCGUUGGCUGCUGUAUAACACCAAACGCUCGUUUAAGUGGACUGGUAUCCAUUCAUAACUUUUCGCUCCAUCUCAAACCGCCCCAAAAAUCCACUUAACAGAAAAAAACGACUCGAGGACCCUACAGUCGCGCGGAUCGUGAAGCAGCGUUUGACCCACUGUUGCCCAUCCACUUACAAGUACCCUUAAGGAGACGAGACGAGGUACAGUGACAACGCGCCAGUCAAGGACGGAGCAUAAUCGUGAUUAUAAAUAAUUUGCCAUGGAAACUGUUCUGGUCUUCCUUUUUUCCCUCCUAGUCUAUGUGGCGGCUUUGUCUGAAUCUGCUGUCCAAGAUGGAAAAGACAAGGGAUUGAAACCAUUUGUAUACGACUACGAGAGUUUGAGGAUUGGCGGAUUGGCGUUUGCUGUGGUGCUGUUUGCUCUGGGAGUGCUCCUUAUUCUCAGCCGCAGAUGCCGCUGCAGUAUCAACCAGAAGCCCAGGGCUCCAGGAGAUGAAGAAGCUCAAGCAGAGAACCUCAUGGUCUCCAAGGCCAAGGAGACCCCUAAAGCUGAAAACUGAAACAGUCCAGUGAUGUUGAACACAUAGCUGUGGCUGAACAACUUCACUGAUGCUGCGGAUGCUGAUGAUGAUGAAGCUGAUUCCAGACCACGGCUAUGAGAGGAUAGCGAGGAGACAGAUUUGUGGGGGAGGCGACUAUGACUUGGAUUUUUAAUGGGUCAGUGUCUUGUACGUAGACCUCUAGUCCUGUCACGUUAACAGUAACCGUAUCCGUCUUUUCGUCCGUGCCCUUUUGCAACAGUCCGUCUUGAGUGAGUUGUUUUAGCAAAACUAGCCACUUUCUGCAGAUCAUUCUUAACAUUUUUGGCUCCUCCCCAACCGAACUUGUGCAUGAGGUUUAAAAGGAACAGUUCACCCAAAAAUGUAUAUUCUCCUUCCAAAUCUGUAUGCAGUUAUUUUUUUAGCGUUGAACACGAGAACAGAUCAUAUUAAAGAUUGUUCGUUUAGCCCUUGUUAUAUAAUGGCAAAACCUAAAAAAGAACAAAAACACUAUAGUUGUAAUUUUUGGUUGAACUGUCUCUUAAAAAAACAAAAACAAAAAAAAAAAAAACAUCUUAACAUCCAACAGUGAUUAACUGUUAUCGUUAUUGUUGGUAAGACCACUUGUUAUUGUCAUUUGUGUCGCACCUGCUGUUUUUUCUCUUGUAGAUUGUAUAGAUUAUAUGCACAAAUAUUUAAAGUAUUUAAUAUAAGUAUUGAUUCAUAUGUGGUGCAGAAAAUAUAUUUGAAUAUACGGUGUAUGCAUGUGUGCGCGCGGAUGAAUAGACCCUAUAGAGUUUGUAUGAAUGCGUGUGUGUGUGUGUGUGAGUGUAUGUAUGCCCACAUUCAGGGCUCCUCCUCCCGACAAUCUUUCGACCAUUGUACCCAGACCAAGCACAAAAACAAUACAGUACCACCACUGUACCACAGGGGGCCGUCCUCUGAUCAGCUGCAACACUGCCGGGCUCAAAGCCCCCAUUCGGACCCACAGCCUAAAUGUCUGCGGCCUGAGAGCAAGACCGCAGAAGCAGUUCACUUCACCAUAGUGCCACAAACUCGUGUCGUUUAUCUUUACUAUCACAUGUCUUCUGUAGCCUACGUAUUCACUUUCUUAAAAGGAAUAGUUCACCCACAAAUAAAUAUUUUAGUAUUGUCUACUCACCCUCAUGUCAUUAAAGCUUGUUAUGUGGAGCACAAAAGGAGAUAUUUUGCUGAACGUCCAAGCAGCUGUUUCCAUACGGUAAAAUCAAGCAUAAGGUAUAAUAGAGCAUAUGCAGCCGAACUUUAUUUGUGUGCGGACACAGGCCCUCAUGGUUUUAUUGUAGUAAAAGUGCUGUAACCAAGUUGUUUCGGGACAGUUUUACUACAAAUACCUUGGUUAAACUACGGUUUCUGUGAUUAAUUUUCAUAAGGGUUGGAAAAAGUUCUGAUGAAUAUGACACAAUAAGUGGAAACACUUCAAGUUGUCGACAGAUUUAUCGAAUUAUACAGGAUUUCCGGGAGACGUGUGUCGUGUUAUUUUAACUGUGAGAGCUUAUCGAGAUCAACUAAACACUGGAUUUGAAAAAGUAUGUGACAUUUAAAUUUCGCAGCACUUAAAAUACGUGCAAGAGUUUUACAUUUCCACGCCCCGAAACGAAACGCUGAGUGAAACAAAUUGUGAUUGGUUGUUUGACGUGUCAGUCAAACUGCCUCAUGGGCGGGCCUUGGCCAAUGAACGCUACCACGGAUUCCAGACCUUCAGCCGUCGGCCUGGUGGUCUGGCUACGCAAGACUACGGUGAACUUUGACUACAUGAGGUUGAGUAAACAAUGACAGAACAUUUUUGGGCGAAUUAAUGCUUUCAUAUCACUCAUAUUUAUAAACACUGUUCAAUGGGACCAAAAUAUCGGCCUCUAAAGAGACCAACCUUUGCAUUUGUGUGCGUCUGCGUAUGUAUGUGAGUGUGUGUGUGUGUUGUUCCACACAUCACUUGCUGUGAUAAACCUACGAGAGCUGUAGAAAUGUAGGCCAGUUUAUAAAGAGAGAAGCGUUCCACAGAAUAUUAAUCACAUGUAUUCAAGAACACAGUCUAACGCUACAGACGCUUCGCUAUUAGAGAGGAAUUUAAUACAUAUUCAUCUCAUAUCUGUGCAGCUGCUGUGUAUGGCCGCUCUUUGUGCUUCGAAAUAAAUAAAGUCUUUGUCUGACACAGGCA